AGGAUGUGUUAACAGAGGACAAAGGAGAAUGUGUCAUAUGCCUGGAAGAUCUCUGCCAGGGAGAUACAAUUGCUCGGCUGCCCUGCCUCUGCAUUUAUCACAAAACUUGUAUCGAUGAGUGGUUCCAGGUGAAUCGAUCGUGUCCUGAGCACCCGUAUGAUUGAGGCUAAGCACAGUUUUAAUUAUGAUGAAAAAAAUGCCUAUGUGCCAUUACUAUUCAUUGUGCCAGUUGGGGAAGCUUCACACAGGUGGAUGCUGCCCCACAAUCAUGGGAAGGGAGGAACUUUACUCCUGUCUAUACUAACCUGUUACUUCUGAUAGACUUACAAAGAAAAGAGAAUUAAAAUGACAGACUCUUACUCACUCAUUUUGAUGGUGAUGAAAGUAACAAGGAUCUUAAAGA